AUGUCGCUGCCGCAUGUACGGGCAUUCUCCUCGGCCGCUGGAAGCACCGCCACCGCGGCGGCCGACCCCCGCGCGCUGGCCAGCUACGACACCGAGCGUGCCGGGGGGCGCCUCUGCCGGGCCAUCGCGGCCCGGGGGGCGCCCCUGCCGCAUGGGUUCGGCGGAACCCGCCGGUGCUGGUGGCCGCUCUACACCGACUCGUAG